AUGUCGGGACAACUGAGUGCGAAGUCGCAAGAGGACCUUAGAGUUGAUCUCCAUCGGGAAGACCCAAGUACUGCAAUACCUCCAGGACACUCUGGCAGGCCCAAGACAAACGAACCAGUCAACAUGGACAAACCUGACAUCACGCCAGAGAAAACGGAGAUCGACCUCCACCAUGUCGAGAACGAGGAAAUGUCAGUCAACGUCGCCGGGAAGAAGCCAACGUAUGCCGAGGAGGCAUUCAUGGGAGAAGAAGAUGGAAGAGUCAAGAAGUCGGCCCUGGAGAGGAGACUGGUGUGGAAGCUGGAUCUCAUCAUCGUCCCCAUCGCGGGCCUGAUGUAUUUUACGGCAUACAUGGACCGAAACAGCAUAGGUCUCGCCAAUGUGCAGGGCCUCUCCAAGGAUCUCAAACUGACGCCGAAUCAAUACUAUAACUGCUUGAUGAUGUUCUAUGUUGGAUACACAGCCUUCGCGUGGCCCGGGAACAUUGGCCUCAAGUAUGCUCGGCCCAGCUGGGUCUUUGGGUGCUGCGUUUUGCUCUUCGGCGCCUUCCUGGUUGGAAUGGCCGGAUCCCAUAGCUACGCGACGCCUCUCGCUAUGAGAAUCUUGAUUGGAGCUGCCCAGGCGUUCAUGCAGGGUGUUGGCUUGUACGUCACCCAGUGGUACAAGAGAGACGAAGUGGCCACGAGAUCAGCCAUCUACUACGGCUGCGCAACUCUUUCAGGCUCGUUCAGCGGCCUCAUUGCCUACGGCAUCCAAAAGAACCUGACUCUGGAAGCCACGGGCAAGGAGCCGUGGAGAUGGCUUUUUAUCAUCGAGGGCUCUCUGGCAAUGUUUGUCGGUGCUCUUGCGCUCUUGUUGUUGCCCAACUUUCCCGAGCAAAUGAGAGGGAAGAAGCAUUGGUUGUACCGCCAGGAUGAAAUCGAGGUUGCCAUCAACCGCCUCAGAUCUUACAACACGGUCGGAGCCAAGGUCAACCUCAGACAAAUGUGGACAGCAGCGAAGGACCCCAAGUGCUGGCUUUUUGCGAGCGCAAACUCUGGCAUUGCUCUUGGAAUUGCAUCAGUCGGUCUCUUCCUGCCCACAUUCAUCAAAGAGUUUGGCUAUUCAAAAGAGAGAACGCUUUUGUUCACCGUCAUCCCCUACGCAUGUGCACUGGUGGCGACCUUGGCCAUCUGCUACAUCUCCGACCGCUAUAACACGAAGGGCCCGUUUCUCAUCUUCUGCCUCAGCUGCACUAGCGUCGGCUACAUCAUUCUGAUGAGCGUGACGAACAACAGCGGGAGGAUGUUUGCCGCGUGCCUGAUCACCGCCUUCUUCUACCCGGCCGUCAUCCUUCUCCUAUCCUGGCUGGGCGUGAACAUUGGCGGCUUCACCAAGCGCGGCACCACAUGGGGCGGGGCAGAGAUCUUCGGCCAGUGCUUCUCCAUCAUGGGGACGCACAUCUACGACCAGCCGCCCAGAUUUCUCAAGGGUCAUGCCAUCCUCCUUGGUUUCCAGGUCUACACCAUCUUCUGCGCCGCUAUGUUGAUGUGGAUCAUGUCGCGGGAGAACAAGAAGAGGAACGCCACCGAACAGGAGUACCGGGUGCGCGGCGAGGUCCAUCCAGAUACGUACAAGUCCCUGGAGGAGUUGCAAGACCUUCACGUCUCUUUCAGAUAUGUUAUAUAG